GUCCUCAAGGCCAGCGAUGGAGCCACCCUCUUCCGCUGGGCUGCCUCAGGUCAGCGUGCCGGUGCCGAGCGGCACGGAACAGGUGGAGGUGGAGGUGGGGCCGCCCCAUCCCGCACAUGGAGUGCGCUCGUCCGACCAUCACGAAGAUGAGGGCGGCGCGGGCGGACGCCGGAAAGGUCUACUCGGUUGCCGCUGUCCGGGUAUUCGCGCUUUCUUCUGGAGAUCCGGGGGUCCGUCCGAGGCCCUGAGCCAGGCGGCAGGAUCUGGAGGUGGUGUGAGGGAGGCACCUCCCGCCGAUCAACCUGCAGAGGCAGAAGCUGCUGAGCCCUCCAAGCCCGCCAAGGAGGAGCCGGAGUCCAAAGCCGAGGCUGCGCAGGUAGCCAUCUACAGCCUGCGGGACGAGAACGGCCUGCUGGCGUACUGCCGGGAUGCCAAGGUGCGGCUCGUCCGCGCCGACUUCCUCCGGGAGCUCCUGGCCGAGGCCCGCACCAUGCCCCGGCGCCAGGAAGCCGAGGGCAUGCGGACGAAGGACGGCCUCCCGGCCCUGCUGGCCCAGGAGGAGCUGGAGGCGAAGCUGCCGGGUGGCCAGGUGGGCACAACGCACCGCUUCUCGGUCAUGGCUCUUUCGCACUCGUGGGAGAGCCGCGAGAUCCCGGACGUGGCCAGGUUCCAGCUGCGAGUGCUGGUAGAAGCACUUGACACCUUCGCGAAGAUCCUGCAGAAGAUCGCCCCGGCCCAGAACCUCGCUAAGGACUGGGAGGCGGCCAUCUUUGUGGAUUACAUGUCUCUGUACCAGUUCCCAAGAACUGAAGAGCAGGACGUCUACUUCGCGAAGGGCAUGGCCAACAUGCACCUGUUGUACGCCCAUGACACGACCUGGUCGCUAAGGAUCGAGGACCUGACGCCCGGCCUCCACGACCGGCCCGGGCCCGAGCUGCCUGGGACCGCUAAGGUCUUCUACCUCCCCGACAACGCCGUGACGGAUGUGGCGCUGGCCGAGCUGCGGGACACCGACGAGACAGGUAGCUGCGGUGCGGGAUGCCACUUCGGCUGCAGCCCGCCCUGCCCGCAGCUGCACCGCAACAGCACGCCGUACCUGCAGCGCGGCUGGUGCAGGGCGGAGGUGCAGUGGUCGCUGGCGCGGACUGCCCCCUGGAAGAGCAUCAGGAUCCCCUUCCGCGAAGGCCGGAACUCAGAGGCGCCCAUGGCGCCCUCGGAGUUCCGCGCCCAAGCGGAGAGGGGGACCCUGAAGUUCACUCACAGGUCGGACCUGGAGCCGGUGCUGCAGCUCCAGGCCCAGGUCUUUCGGGAGAAGGCGCUGGAGGCCACGGGGCUGGCUCUGGCGCACCUGCCCGAAGCCCAGGUCCAGGUGCUGGCCCGGGCGCUGCCGCACUACGCGCGGCUGGGGGAGCUGUAUGUGGGCAGCAGCGAGCUGGCCGGCGAGGCCUUCCAGGCCCUGGUGCGCGCGCUGCCCUGGAGCCGCCUGCGGCAGCUGAAGCUGAUAAACUCCGGCUUCGGAGAUGCAGAGGCCGAGGCGCUUGGAGCUGGUUUGGGCGGCCACUCCUCGCUGCGGGUGCUGUAUCUGUUCGGCAAUCGCAUCGGCGACAGCGGGCUCCAGGCCAUCGCCGAGGGCCUCGCAGACCACGAGAACCUACGAGACCUAGACCUUUCCAAGAACGGCCUCGGGGAUGUGGGGACGCAGGCCAUCGCCGAGGGCCUCGCACACCACAAGGAUCUACGAGACCUAAGCCUGGCCAACAAUGGCUUCGGCGAUGCGGGGACGCAGGCCCUGGGAGAAGCACUGAAAGCUCUCCCGAACAUCGAGGACCUGAGGCUGGCCGACAACGCCAUCGGAGAUUCUGGAGCCCAGGCCCUGGCCGAAGUCCUCCAGCACCUCACGCAGAUGCAGAUUCUCGGCUUGCGCGACAACAGCUUCGGCGAUGAUGGCGCGCAGGCCUUGGCCGGGGUCCUGCCGCGACUGCUGAAAUUGACCACGCUGACCCUGAGUCAGAAUCGGAUCAGCAAUGUGGGAGCAGAGGCCUUGGUCCACGGCCUCCGCGACAAUAAGGUGCUCAAGAUCCUGUGGCUCCACAAGAAUUCCCUCAGCGACGCCGGCGUGGAGGCAGUCGCCGCUGCCUUCCGGGAUCGCACCAUGGAAGAUCUGAAGCUCCGCCCGCAGCGCUAG